GCUUCCCCCAUAACCCAGCAGCUGCGCAGCCCUAUCCUAGCCACAACACAGUUUUCUAUCUCUCUUUCCAUGAACGGAAAGCAAUAGAAGCAGAAAGAGAGAGAUGGAGCAGAGUUGCGAUCCGGGGAGGGGAUGAGCCGCGCGGUCGUCGGUCACCUCGGCGCCGUGCUCAGAUCGCGUCCAGCCCUCGUCGCCGCCGACCCGUGACGCUGCCUUCAGAAUCGCGCGAAGGACAGAGGGAGGAGAGAGAGAGAGAUCGAGGCGAGCCUUGAGGAAGGGAGUUGCACGAAAAUGGAGAAGGAGAAUGGCAUCGUCCCUUGCCGUGAUCGGAGCUUGCUGCCGCCGCGUUGCUCGGGACUGUCGCGCCGCCACUGUCGCUGGGAAGACCGCCGCCGCUGUCCGAGAGGCCACCUCUGCUGCGAAGGUGGGAAGUCGCUCUGCCCAAUCUCCGCCUGUGCUGCCAGACCCGCCGCGGUCAGCUGUCACAGGGUCGCCGUCAAGCCGUGUCGGAGGAGGAGCGCCGCCGCUGUGCCUCCAUCGUCACUGAGGACGCCGGUUGUCACUGCCGCCAUCAGAAAAGGGCUCAGGUCGCCGCCGGUGUCGCUACCGGAUAAGAGAGCUGCAUCUCUGUGAUUCUGACCGCUGGGG